GUAAACCUAGUAGUAUGUAAGGUCCCGAUCUCAUACGUAGUUCCCCUGACACUUUCAAUCUCAACACUCGGCUGUCUGUUCCAAGUCGCGAUGACACUCGAUGCCUACCGCAUCAAGAACAAUGCACAGAUCUUUCUCCAGUGUAUCUUCAACACUUGUCUGUCAGUAUUAACGGUAUGUCAGUACAUUUUCAUCAAAGAUGCAAACGGACGAAUCCACGUCUCACCUGGGCUUGUUGUAUGCGCAGCAGUUUUGUGCGUUUGUAGCGCUACUAUGUAUUGGCUGGCUUUUGCUCUGCAUCGGGAAUAUGCUUGGGCGAUCUACCAGCACAUCAACCCUGACAGGGAAACGAGCAACCGUUACUUUACAUACCAGAUCUACCUCGUAAUCUUGAAGUUUACGCCGUUCUUCCUUAUCGCGUUUGUCAUUACCUAUGGUCUUAUCGACGUUCACUAUAACGAGCCUGAAUUCUCGCUGACCAUGGCUAUUAUCCCUCUCGCGCUUCUUAAUGUUGCGCUUGCUGUCUUUGCUAUCCGAAAAGAGAGCAGAGGUGUCAUGGCAGCCGCCUUGACUCUGCAAAUUGCUGAGGCUGCCUAUCUAGUCAGCAGAUUGGCUGUCCUGUACGGAAAGUCCUUGCGAGCGCGUACUAUUAUGAAAGAAGAAAUGGUUUUCUUCGCGCUCAUGGCUCUGCUGUUCGCGAUAGCUGCUACUGGUGUCGGGUGUGCAUGUGUAAUGAACUUUGGCAAGAGCUUGAAGCCAUUCCUCCAGGUCGGAGCUAGUCGGCAGGAACCCGAGUUGAGCGAUACAGCCUAUCAUCUUUACCCCGUGGACGCAAACGAUCCGUUGGCAUCGCAGAGGACAUCGCGUCGAUUCAUACUAGAGUAA